AUGCGUAGCCUGGUUGGCCGCUCGUACCAGCAUACAAGCCACCAAUCCAGAUCCUAUGCUAGCCAGUAUGCAGCUUCAUGCGAAGAUACCCCUCCCCAGGAGAUAGACGCGCCGAAGGAGAAUGUCUGGUACGGUCUCACAGACGAUGAAACGGCGGAUGUUGCCAAAUGGCUGUUUGGCCGGCCCGAGUUGAAUCUUACUUCAACCGAGGAUGCUGGAGAGUGGGACAACACAAUUGCCCUCAUCGAGCUGAACCGCCCAAAUAAGACUGAGGCUAUUCCAUACCUCGACGGCAGCGGACCAGCACCGACUCGGUACGCCCACGUCCGACUGAACAACCGUGCGACGGUAGAUCCCUAUUUCGCGGACCUUCUGGUUGGACCUUUACCCAUCAGCAACGUCACUGCGUGGGAGGCUCUCGAAUUCCCGUACACCCGCAAGACCCAAGGACAAGUGCGAAAUGUCGAGCCAGACGGCGAGACUGUAUACUCGGAGUGGCUGUUCAAGAUUAGUGCAUCAAUCGCAGACAUCACGCUGGACUUGUGGAACGGAACUGCAUUAGGGCUGGAGAACGACACCCUGGACAUCUGGGGCAUUGACCCACUGUGGCAGGAUGACGGCCGGAUUGUCCGCUGGGACAUGUUCUGGAAUAUCGCUGGUGACCAAUUCGACAGCGGAACCCUCUUGCCCUUGGGUCUUUACCUAAAGUCCGACGUCACUGGCCGUGAUCCAUCCCAGUGGAAGCUCCUCGGUUGGAUGUACAACGACAUCUUCUACGAAACGACAGAGGAGUUCCGCGAAGCAUACUGGUCUCCUGGAUUCGUCAAGCUCAAGCCCAAUGUUGACGGUGCCUGGGCCCACACCGACCAGAGAGGUCCUGUUCCUCCCAAAGACCGGAAGCAGCCCCCAGUCAUGGUCGCUCCAGACGGAGCCCGGUACUCAGUCGACACGGAGCGCAAGUACGUCGAAUGGAUGGACUUCUCCUUCUACAUCGCCUUCAACCGCGACACCGGUCUCUCGCUAUUCGACAUCAAGUACAAGGGUCAGCGCGUUCUAUACGAACUAGGCCUCCAGGAAGCACUCGCUCACUACGCUGCCAACGACCCCGUCCAGUCCAGCGUCGCCUACCUCGACUCCUACUACGGCUUCGGCCCCUACGCCUUCGAACUCCUCAAAGGCUACGACUGCCCCUCGUAUGCCUCCUACCUCAACACCUCCUUCUACAAGGACGAGGAAACCCACACCCACGUCGACAGCCUCUGCCUCUUUGAGUUCGACGCCGACUACCCCAUCGCGCGGCACUCCACGUCCGAGUCUGUCUCCGUCACAAAGAACGUCUACUUCACCCUCCGCAGCGUCUCAACCAUCGGCAACUACGACUACAUGUUCAGCUACAACUUCCACAUGGACGGCACGAUCGGCGUCGAGGUCCGCGCCUCAGGCUACAUCCAGUCAGCCUACUACGCCAACAACCAGGACUUCGGAUACCAGAUCCACGACUCCCUCUCCGGCUCAAUGCACGACCACGUCCUAAACUUCAAAGCAGACUUCGACAUUCUAGGCCUCAACAACUCCAUCGAGCUCGUCUCCGUCGUCCCCGUAACAAAACACUUCUCCUGGAACGGCAACAAAACGCGCAACACAAUGCAGCUGGACCGCUCAUUCAUCGCCUCCGAAGACACCUCCCGCCUAAACUGGAGCUUCAACGGCCAAACCCAGCUCCACGUCGUCAACACAGCCAAACCCAACCCCUUCGGCGAACCGCGCGGCUACCGCAUCCUCCCAUCCUCAGGAACAGCCCACCUAACCGUCCUAAACAGCACCAACCUCGCGCACGCCGCCCACUGGGCCGAAUACGACGUCCAGAUCACGCAACACCACGACACCGAGCCCUUCGCCGCACACCCCUACAACAGCCAAGACAUCCACGACCCCCCCGUGAACUUCGAGUCCUUUUUCAACGGCGAGUCCCUCAACCAGACCGACCUAGUAGUCUGGCUGAACCUAGGCAUGCACCACGUCCCGCACACAGGCGAUCUCCCCAACACGGUCUUCACGACCGCGCACUCGAGCGUCGCCUUCAUGCCGAUGAAUUACCUGGCCGGUGAUCCAAGCCGCGAGACCGUGAAUAUGGUGCGGGUGGAUUAUAGCGGUGGCGCUGCGACGGCCGUUGAGACCUUCGGCCAGAGUAAUGGGACGUGUCGUGUUAGCGUGACGUCUGUCGAGGACGAGCUCUGGAAGUACCAGGGGGAUGUGGUGGUUCGGAAAUUCCCCUAUGAUCCGAAUGAUCCGUUUUAUGAGACGGAUAGUGAUGCUUAA